UAGGCUAACUGGCUAAUAACUAAGAAUGCCUCUAAUAAAUACCGAACGUCGAUGCUAGUAUCGACAUCAGUAACUUGUUAUCCAUCGAGCCAACAACCCACUCCAACCAAGAAUCAUGCAGUUCCUCAUCUUGGCCGCCUUAAUUGCUGUAGCUGUCGCUGAGAUUGCUUAUCCGGCAACCUCCGUUUCCUACGACAAACCUUCAUACGAUUAUGCCCCUCAGCCGUAUAGCUACUCCUAUGCUGUGAAGGAUGAAGCUUCGUACAACGAUUAUUUGCACUCGGAGAGUAGUGACGGAAAGGUGGUGACCGGAUCUUACAGCGUCGCCCUUCCUGAUGGCCGCACCCAAAUUGUAACAUACAAGGCUGACAGCUAUGGAUACGUAGCUGAUGUCAAGUAUGUUGGUGAAGCGAAGUAUCCCGAGUACAAACCAGCAGCUUACAGCCCCUCUUAUGAAUCUCCUGCUUAUUCUACUUCGGAUCCAACCUACUAAAGAAACCUUUACGACGAGUCAGAAGAAGUGCUUCGCUUUCUUCUAGGGCCUUUAAAUAUAAAUUAUUGAGACAUUAGCGAAACUUCGCUGGAAUUUAUGAGAGAUCUUGUCCGUUAAAGUGAUGGACACCAAUUUUGUAAUCUGAUUCUUUUAAAAAAAUUGAACAAUAAAUUUUGUACACGGAA